AAAUCUAAAGAAAUUUUUUUUGAUGAUAUUGAUAAUGUAGGUGGGAUCCCGAUGAUCACGCCAUGGAUGGACUACCAGAUUAUUUGAAAUCUGUAGUUAAAUUUACAUUUGAUACCUUCCAAGAGUUUGAAAGAGAAGUGGGUUUAGAAUUAGGAGGAUCUUACAGCUUGAAAGCAACAAUUGAGGAGUGCAAGAGAGUGAUGAGAAACAACCUUAAACUCGCCAAAUGGGCAAGCACGGGUCACUUGCCUAGCUUUGAUGAGUACCUAGAUGUUGCUGGAGUCGAGAUCGCUAUAUAUUUUACCUUGGCAGGUAUUUUGAUGGGUAUGGAAAAUAUCUGCAAGAAAGAAGCUUAUGAGUGGUUGAAAUCUAGAGACAAACUCGUUAGAGCAUUAACCGAAAAAACACGAUUGUUGAAUGAUAUGCAUGGCUUCGAGGAUGACAUGAGCAGAGGAUAUGUCACGAACUCGAUCAACUGUUAUAAGAAGCAAUAUGGAGUUACGGAAGAAGAGGCUUUUAGAAAGCUUCAUCAAAUGGUUGCAGACCUUGAUAGGAUGAUGAAUGAGGAGUUUUUGAAGCCAAUCAAUGUGCCACACCAUGUUCUAAAGGUACUUAUUGUGGACACCUUACGCGCAGUGAAUGUUAGCUAUGAAAAGGAUGAUGAAUUUACCCGUCCUGGUGAUCAUCUCAAGAACUGCAUCAAGUCAAUGUACAUUGGUCUUUAAGGACUUUGGUUUAUCAAACUUACUUGUGGUUUAGUUUAUAUCAGGGUACAAAACUCUUAUCUCAUCUCUUGUGUUUUAAGAUACUCGAAUCUGUCUUUAGGUGUUUUCAAUUGUUGUUCCUCAAGUCGAUGUUUAUUUUGUGCA